ACAGAUCCUUAAUGCAUGCCGGUUCCUCAUCCUCAACUCCAACAAAAGAAUUUAUUCUUAAUGCUCCAAUAGGAUACGAUUACACCACAUUUCGAACCUAGUGAGCCCAACCAUUAGCAUUCCUAUGUACAUGGCAAUUGAGUGGCAUACCUUUAUAUAGCAAUUAGCAAUGAGUAAUGAGUAAUGCUUUUAAAGUAUCAGUACCGAGUAACAUAGCAACAAAGCCAGCUCAACCACUCAACAAAGCUUAUCAACAUCACUCAACGUAGUACAUACUAUCAUUAAUUGCUAUUUACUUCAGUAUGCAGGAGGACAUAUUCACAUAUUCUCACACACACAGAAAAGUUUCAAUGGCUGCCAUUGUUCUGUAUCCAGUUAUGGGUAUGGGCCACCUCAUAUCCAUGGUAGAGCUGAGCAAGCUCAUACUCACUCACCACCCAUUAUUCACCGUCAACAUCCUCCUCCCCACAGCUCCCUACGCCACUGGCUCUACUGCUCAAUACAUUUCUGCCGUUUCCACCACAAACCCAUCUAUCAUCUUCCACCACCUUCCCCCUGUUUCUCUCCCUCAAGACCCUGCCUCUUAUCCCUGUGUCGAAGCCCUCCUAUUCGACCUCACUCGCCUCAACAACCCCAACGUUCACACUGCCAUCCAAUCAAUUUCUCAAACAUCCACUGUCCAUGCCUUAAUCCUGGACUUUUUUUGUGCUGCCGCUCUUCAUGUUGCUGCAGAACUUUACGUUCCGGCUUACUUUUUCUUUACUUCUAGUGCUAGUGGUCUAGCUCUGUUUUUUCACUUUCCAACAAUUGACAGAAGCACCAAUAAGAAUUUCAAGGAUCUCGAAACUACUGUUAACCUCCCUUGCUUGCCACCGAUACCCUUAUCUCAUAUGCCAGAGCCAAUUCUAGAAAAAGACACAGCAGAAUAUGCUGGUUUCAUUGAUUGCUCGGUUGGUUUGAGUAAAUCAACCGGGAUCAUUGUUAACACGUUUAAUUCUCUCGAACCAAAAGCUGUGAAGGACUUGGCAGAUGGAGUUUGCUACCCUGAUGGUCCAACACCGCCGGUUUUCUGCAUUGGACCCCUAAUUGCCACCAAUCAUCAAAUAGGUAAUGAGAGUGAUGAUAAGGUGCUUGAAUCUGAAUGCUUAACUUGGCUGGACAAGCAACCAAGUCAAAGCGUAGUAUUUUUGUGUUUUGGUAGUUUGGGCUUGCUUUCUAAGGCACAGUUGAGGGAAAUAGCUAUUGGUCUGGAGAGGAGUGGGCAAAGGUUCUUGUGGGUGGUAAGGAACCCACCUCCGGAGGACAAAAGGCAGAGAUUCCUCACUCAACCAGACCCAGAUCUGAAUUCUUUGCUCCCUGAUGGUUUCUUGGACCGUACCAAGGAAAGAGGACUGGUAGUUAAGCGGUGGGCACCACAGGUGGCAGUGUUAAAUCACGAAGCAGUUGGAGGAUUCGUGACUCACUGUGGCUGGAACUCAGUUUUGGAAUCGAUUUGCGCAGGUGUACCAAUGGUGGCAUGGCCAUUGUACGCAGAACAAAAGCUCAACAAGGCAUUGCUGGUUGAGGAGCUGAAGCUGGCUUUGGCAAUGAACGAGUCCAAAACUGGGUUUGUUAGCGCAACCGAAGUUGAGAAGCGAGUAAAAGAAUUGAUGGAGUCAGAGGAAGGAAACUCGUUGAGGGAACGAGUAACGGCAAAGAGAAAUGAAGCAAUGAAGGCAAUGGGAAAGGGUGGGUCAUCAAGGGUGGCAUUGGCCAAGCUAGUCGAGCAAUGGAAGUAACUAGUAAGCGUGAAUUAGGAUAAGGUAGUUGAUUUCCAUUUGUUCCUAUGUUUGGAAGUGAAAUAUGUUCAGAACUGCUAGUAGAUAAUGCAUUUCAAAGGUAAAAUGUACACUUAACCAAGGCCAUAUGAGGACCGAAAUCCUUCUAGGGCCGGCAAAUUAAGAACAUAUUCUCAUA